GAGAGAGAGAGGGAGCACGAGUGGGGGAGGGGCAGAGAGCGAGGGCGGGGAGAGAGAAUCCCAAACAGGCUCCACGCUGUGAGUGCAAAGCCCGACUGGAGGCUCGAACUCACCAACCCUGAGAUCCUGACCGGAGCGGAGAAGGGCUCUCCAUGCCUUUUGGUGAUUAGGGCAGCGUUUCCCCGCCACCGUUGUGCCAUGUGAGACUCUGGGAGACUCGUCCCUGCCCCUCCCGUUCCUCGCUCGGUCAAGUUACGUAAAAGCCGAGCUCUUGGAAGCCAAUCAAGUCCCACACUAGACAAGUGAUUAAAGUCACAAUGAACCAAUUUAAACGCCCGCACAGUCUCCUGUGCUUUACAAACGAAGCAUUCAAAGACUGGGAGUGGCUUCAGGGAACAUAUUAAAUGGUUAGCAAAACUCCAAACAGCUCUGAAAGGAGAACAGGUUGGGAGACUGAGCUCUGAGCCACAGGCCUAGGUCUCCCUCGCCGCCGACAGCGUCCCCCGGCGGUGACAGCUGUCCCCUGCAAUCUGGUGGCAAAGCCCACCCAGGGCAGUGGGGGCGGUGUUCAAAUCCUCUGUCCACGCUUGUUGAACCACCGACUGCCGAUCCAGAAGAGAGGGCCAACGCAGUUCAGCCGAGGUCAAGAGACUGUCCUCUGCAGGUGCCAUGACUCAACCGCCCCAGGAGGGCUUCGACAGGAGCGUGGAGGAGGCCCGGCAGUGGAUGAAGGCUGUGCAGGAGCGGCUGCAGGUCAACGACAACACCCAGGGGCCCCGGGCGGCCCUGGAGGCCAGGCUGCGGGAGACCGAGAAAAUAUGCCAGCUGGAGCCGGAGGGGCGCGUGAAGGUGGACGUCGUGCUGCGGGCGGCGGAGGGCCUCCUGGCGUGUUGCCGUGACGGCCAAAAGCCCGAGAUCCUGGCCCAGCUGAAGGACAUCAAAGCCCAGUGGGAGGAGACGGUCACCUACAUGACCCACUGUCACAGCCGCAUCGAGUGGGUGUGGCUGCACUGGAGCGAGUACCUGCUGGCUCGAGAUGAGUUCUACCGCUGGUUCCAGAAGAUGAUGGUGGUCCUGGAGCUGCCCGUGGAGCUGCAGCUGGGCCUGAAGGAGAAGCAGUGGCAGCUGAGCCACGCCCAGGUCCUGCUGCACAACGUGGGCAACCAGGCCGUGCUCCUCGACCGGCUGCUGGAGGAGGCGGCCUCCCUGUUCAACAGGAUCGGGGACCCCAGUGUGGACGAAGAUGCCCAGAAGAGGAUGAAGGCCGAGUACGCCGCGGUGAAGGCCAAAGCCCAGGACAGAGUGGGCCUGCUGGAGCAGGUGACCCGGGAGCACGAGCAUUUCCAGGCAGGCGUGGACGAGUUCCAGCUGUGGCUGAAGGCGGUGGUGGAGAAGGUGAGCAGCUGCCUGGGACAGAACUGCAAACUGACCACCGAGGGCCGUCUCUGCGCGCUGCAGGACAUCGCUGGCGAUUUUCCCCGGGGUAAGGAGUCUUUGAGGAGGCUGGAGGAGCAGGCUGUGGGCGUCAUCCAGAACACCUCUCCUCUGGGCGCGGAGAAGAUCACCGAGGAGCUGGAGGAGAUGCAGAAAGUUCUGGACAAGCUGCGAGCCCUCUGGGAGGAGGAGGAGGAGCGGCUGCAGGGCCUGCUCAAGUCCAUGGGAGCCUGUGAGCAGCAGAGGCGGCAGCUAGAGGCCGAGCUGGGAGAGUUCAGGAAGGACCUUCAGAGGCUGGCCGAGGAGGGUCUGGAGCCCGCGGCGAAGGCGGGGACCGAGGACGAGCUGGUGGCCCGCUGGAGACUGUACUCGGCGACGCGGGCGGCUCUGGCCGCGGAGGAGCCCCGGGCGACCCGGCUGCAGGCCCAGCUGAAGGAGCUCAUCGUCUACCCCCAUGACCUGCAGCCGCUGUCCGACAGCGUGGUCGCUGCUCUCCAGGAGUACCAGAGUAUGAAGGGCAAGAGCGCCAGGCUGCGCAAUGCCACGGGGGCGGAGCUGUGGCAGCGUUUCCAGAGGCCUCUACAGGACCUGCAGCUGUGGACGGCCCUGGCCCAGAGCCUCCUGGACAUCACCGCCAGCCUGCCGGACCUGCCCUCCAUUCACACCUUCCUGCCCCAGGUCGAGGCGGCCCUGGCAGAAAGCUCGCGCUUGAAGGAGCAGCUGAUGAUGCUACAGCUGAAGAAAGACCUGCUGAGGAGCGUCUUCGGCCAGGACAAAGCCACGGCCCUCCUGGAGCAGGUGGCGAGCUCCGUGCGGGACAGAGACUUGCUGCACAACGGCCUCCUGCAGAGGAAAAGCAAGCUGCAGAGCCUGCUGGCUCAGCACCAAGAUUUUGGGGCUGCUUUCGAGCCCCUACAGAAGAAGCUGUCGGACCUCCAAGGCAGGGUCCGAGCUGAGAACGGGCUUCAGCAGGACCUUCCUAGGAAACAGACCCAGCUCUCCAGGUUGCAGGGGCUGCAGGAAGAGGGGCUGGACCUUGGGGCACAGAUGGAGGCUGUGAGGCCUCUCGUCCAGGGGAACCCCACCCACCAGCACAAAAUGGAGCAGCUUUCUGCCGACUACCAGGCCCUGAAGAGGUCUCUGGAGGACCUCAUGGACAGGUGUCAGCAGAGCGUGCGGGAACAUUGCACCUUCAGCCACCAGCUGCUGGAGCUGAGACAGUGGAUCGCCGUGGUCACCCAGAAGCUGGAGUCACACCAGGAGGAGGCGGGCCCGUGGGACGCCCAGUCCCGGGAGGUCGAAGUCGAGAGGCUGCUGGCUGAAUUCCCGGAGAAGGAGGCCCAGCUGCCCCUGGUCGAAGCCUAUGGCCGGCUGGUGAUGAAGAAGUCUUCUCCGGAAGGGGCUGCUCUGGUCCAGGAGGAGCUGGAGGAAUUGGUGGAGUCGUGGCAGGCUCUGAAGCUGCUGGAGGAAAGCCUGCUGAGCCUCAUCAGAAACCAGCAGCUGCAGAGGACGGAAGUGGACUUGGGGAAGAAAACGAUUUUCACCAACAACAUCCCAAAGACUGGGUUUCUCAUCGAUCCCGCGGAGCCUCUUUCCGGGCGUCACCGCCGGGCAAAUCUGCUCCGGGAAGAAGGCAGCCGGGAAGGUUACUCCCAGCUCCUGAGGGACUUUGAGCAGUGGUUGGAGGUGGAAAACGCCAAGCUGGUUAGCAUCAUCGCGAUGAGAAUGGCCGCAGCCAGGGAUCUGAGGGCCAGGGAAAUGAAGCUACAGGAGCUGCAGGCUCGGGUGCCAGAAGGUCAGCGUCUCUUCGAGAACCUCCUUCAUGUCAGGCCAGCGAGGGGGUCCUCGGACGAGCUCGAGGACCUGCGUUACCGGUGGAUGCUGUACAAGUCCAAGCUCAAGGACUCCGGCCACCUGCUGACACAGAGUUCUCCAGGGGAGCCGACUGGAUUCCAAAAGGCUCCGCGGCGGCGAGGACUCGGGCCCCUCUUCCGGAAGGUGUGCUGUGUGGCUCUCCCCCUGCAGCUGCUGUUCCUGCUGUUCCUGCUGCUGCUGUUCCUGCUUCCGGUCGGGGAAGAGAACCACAGCUGCACGCUGGCCAACAACUUCGCCCGCUCCUUCAAGUUCAUGCUGCGCUACGAUGGCCCCCCGCCCACCUAACCCGCCGGGCCACGCAGGUGACUCUCUCCUCCAGCCCUCCAUCCGCCCCAGGGCUCCUUCCGAGGGGGCCCAGGAAACUGGAAACAGAGGCAGGCUGCGACCGGCACAGCUGCCUCGGUGUAAAUACUGCAUUGAUGCCCCCCAAACAAAACCACUUUUUAUA